AUGGAAAAAUUAAUUCGAUACUCAAAAGGAAAGUUACUAUGGAGCAGUGCCACGAGUACCGGGUAUCUUACAUCAAACGUAGCUGCAGAUUGUAAAGUCUAUGAUAGUUUCUUAAAAAAAGAUUAG